AUGAGUAGCAGAAGAAAGUAUUUUCAACAAGACAUUUCGGAACUAAAUGCCAGCAUCCAUGCUAAUGGUCAUACAUCGUCAGCUUCUCUGAAAAAAUCAAAUCAUAGAACUCCUUACACCUUCUUAUCAUCAAUACAAGAAUCACACAAAUCAAAAACAAAAGAGUCAAACAACAAAAACCUCUCUCAUCCUAUUUCCUUGAAGAAACUUAUUCCCCAGUGUCACCAACCAACUCUACUACCACAAAAAGAAAAUGAGAAAAACCAAAUUACUGAACCCCAUCCAAAUGUAAAUAAGACCACUAUUCCGGAAGCAACAAUGUCAUGCAGUCCUCCAACCUCAAGAAAAGAGCUGGCAUUUCGAAAUCCUUAUGCAAGAAAAACAGUCAAAAUUUUGCUUAAUCAGGAUCCUUUAGACUCAAGUUUCUUGUCUUCAACGGCAUUUUCACUCGAUGAUAUUCAUGGUAACUCUUCAGCCCCGCGCGUGACUCAGGAGCCAUUUUCUCCCUAUUCUCCAAUUACAAACCAUUCUUUGUCGACAUUGUCACCCAAGCAUACUGCCAGAAAUUCUUUUAAACUUUCUCCCAUAAAAGCUCCCUCCAUGAAAACCCUACCCCGAAAUUCCAGCAAUUUAAGUUUUCAAAGCUUGAGUGCAAGAGGAUCCAUUAGAAAACAACGACCAACACAAUCAUCUCUCAAUUCAACUCCCAGACAAAGAAUAAGGCCCAACGAGCGAGCAGUUGUUAAUUUUGAAGAAGACAAUGAAGCAGAUUAUCAAUUAUUUCUCAGCCAAACUACCAAUUCCAUAUAUAAUAGCCAAGCGAAUGCUUCACAACAAAACAAGGGAGAUCCUUACAGUGACCCUUUUGCUCGACCAUUGUUCCUUCGUGCUCCCAAAAGAAAAACCAAAGGAGAAACCCACAUUAAAAGAGAAUACAUCACCACUUUAAGAUUAUUGGGUUUUGAUGACAUUGACAACAAGGUGGAUUUGGAUACACUUUCAUUCUUCUAUGAGCGAAGAGAAAAUGAUUUCUCCUUCAUUGACCCGUCCUUAGGAACACACUCCAAGCAUUUGUUGAAAAUGUUAAAACCCAGUGAAUAUGUGAAAGAAAGCCUGGAUGAAAAGAAAAAGAAACCUAAAACUGUGAAAAAAGUUGAUCCCAAACAAUCAGAGAUGAAUAGAAAACGAGCAGCUUUGUUGGAGAGAGGUAUUGAUUUGGAAUCUCUCAAACCCUCCUAUGACCAUUAUCAAGUGUUAGUUAAGGCAGAGUCCGACCUGACUGCUCUUUCAUCUUUGAAUCAACCACAAUCAUCCACGAUUAUUGGCAAUAGAGUCAUUUCCCAAGCUUCCAAACCUCAAAACACUUCUCAUAUUUCAUCCAAAACUGAUCAGUCCACGUCUAAGAGCUAUUCAACUGUGAACACCACCUCGACUGGAGCUGAGCAAGUCAUUGUGAUAACAGUCCCUCCCACAGAGGCAUGCAACAGCUCCAACGACGGCAACACUAAUGCAGCAUCAGCGGCACUCGUUUCUACUUGCAGUGACGAUUUCAUUGACUACUUUUUCAAUGAGGAACAACUAAAUCGGAAACGCUAUCUUUCGGCAGAGGAACGAGUCACCAACGAUGCCAAACAAAUUAUGGCCCUAAGCCGAGAGCUGUUUGAAGACAUUCCCCAAAAAACAAGCAUGACCAUAGCCAAGAUAUUUGCAAAUCUGGAACAUGCUGACCGUAUCAGUCGAGAGCAAUACGUGAUGAGAGCAAGAAAAUACAAGGCAGAAUUGCGAAAGAAGAAGCAAGAAGAACAGGAGGAAUAUGAACGAGCCAAAGUGGCAGUGAUGAGCCAGAAGAAAGAUGGAGUGAUCGAUGAAGAAAACCCUUCGGAUGACAUUACAAUGGAAAUAAAGUGA